AUGCUUGGGCUCUUCACAUCCCGCGCAACCAGCCUCUCCGCCGUCAGCAAGAGCAUGGAGGAGUUGAAACAGCAACCGCCACCAACGCCGCUUGAAGAGAGUCAGCCACAGACCUUGUCCGAGAUGCCCUCCUUGCCUCCUUCAGGAACGAUUGCGCACCCACGUUUCGACCGAGAGCCUUCUUUCGGAUCAACAAGGACCAGCACUGGCACCAACACGAGCUCUACAAGUGCAAGCACGGGCAGCGCCAUUCCGGACACCGCGCGCAGCACCACGAGCUUGUUCACCAGCCGCACCACGAAGUCCAUCCCACGUGACCUUCAGCGGAAGCUUCUUGCCAAAAGUUUCCUUGAAGUCAAUGGGUUUAUGCAUGUCAACGAGGCGAAGCACUCCUGGGGUCGCACUCGCUAUCCCCUGCAUGUUGCCGUGCAGCAGAAGAAACCCGCAAUUGUGAGGGCUCUCCUCCGCCUUGGUGCGCGGCCCACUUGCAAAACCAACCGGGGCCUGACGCCGCAGGCACUGGCCAUGCGGCUUCAAAGUCGCUGGGGCGGGUACCAGGAGGUCGUGGACGUCUUCGAGGAACUCGGGGGCGAUCAGGAAAUUCGUUUGCAACGCCGGGCGGUUACGACCAGCCAGCUCAGUGAUGGCUCCAUUGAUCGAACCGCAGACCUUUUGACAACAGCUCAGGUCGUAUGA